AUGCCCACAGGCUUGUCCUGGCCCACCUACGUGAAAAUGUUCGAGGCCUCCAUGUGCACAGGCGCCCAAGUGGUGCACUGGUACUACCAGCCGGACCUGACAAUACCUGAAAUUCCACCAAAACCUGGAAAACUCAAAACGGAGCUUUUGGGACUAAAAGAAAGGCAACAGAAACCUCAAGUUUAA